AUGAUCCAUCCCGAGGCGCGGAGGGUUAUCGGAGCCACAAUAAUCCGCCGCCGGAAGGUACCUGAGUCAGCGCCAAGAUUAGACUCGGCAACGGCAACGCCUUCUUGCAACAUUCUCUCUCUCGUUGCUCCCAGCACACCAGCACACCUAGGCAUCUUGUUACCUCCGUUCUCCAAACUACGAAGCCGUUCCAGACUGUGCGUUGUUUCGUCCAGCUCUGGGCCCCUUGUCCACCUCCUUACCCCCUUGUCUGUCCGGCUCUUGUUCCAGAUAGGACCGACGCCUCCCAUCUGUUGGCACCGGACGGAUCGCCUUUCGUCUCGUGACCUGCAAGGGCGGGUUAGAGGCACCAUGCCCGCUGUUCAUGGGGACCCAGCUGGGCCCCUGAUAUUCCGCACUUCGGGAGAGCUACCCUAUCCUGACCCGGCUAAUCCUCAGCUGCCAUCCAAUAUAUAUCCCCGCCAGGUGACCCUUCGCGACCGUGUCACCGUUGCGACCCUUGUACCCUUCUGUUCCUCCACAGAUGUGCCCGUAUCGCUCCUGCGCUACCUAUGCGACCAGCUCAAUAAGGAGAUCGAUAUGGGAGACACUUAUCCCAUGAUUGAUCCCAUCUCCCUUGAAUCCUUUGGUCCCUAUUGGUUUUCGAACUUCGGUGCUGUGAUGCUGCUGGGUGACAUCAAUAGUAUCCAUGAAGUCCAGGAAAUGGGGAGGAUGGGGGCGGAUUGGAGGAAGGUCUGCCUGGGGAGCUUUAAUAUUAAGCCUAACUAUCCAGGGCGUAGCAGUCAUGUUUGCAAUGGGAGCUUCCUCGUCACUGAUGCAUCGCGUAAUCGCGGAGUAGGGAGGCUAAUGGGGGAAUGUUAUCUAGAAUGGGCGCCUCAUCUGGGUUAUACUUACUCUGUAUUUAAUCUUGUUUAUGAGACCAAUGUGGCAUCCUGUCGAAUUUGGGACGCUUUGGGCUUUAAACGCAUUGGCAAAGUACCUGGAUGCGGAAACCUUCGAUCACAUCCAAAUCAACCCGUUGACGCGAUUAUAUAUGGACGAGAUUUAGGCCCAGAAGGCGAGGAUUUCGUGUCGGAAGAGCGAUUCGAUAAGAUUCGAUAUUACCUAAAGCAUUCAAAAUAUCCAAGUGGUGCCGACCGGGCGGAGAAGAGUCGCUUGAGGAGCGCUGCAACCCACUAUAAACUCGUCAGUGGGCAGGACGGAGAACCCGAGAAAUUGAUGCUAAAAGACAAAGAGGUGGUAUCGGAUCCUCAGCAACAAUAUGAGAUAGCGCGCCAAAUCCAUCUCCAGCAACAUGGGGGAAUCAACAAAACCACGGCCACCAUUGCGUUGAAGUAUCACUGGGUCCGUAUCAAGGAAACAGUUAGUAUGGUGAUCAAGAACUGCCCACAAUGCAAAGAAACCCCAAAAGUGUCCACUGUCAACUCCAACCCAAGUUCCAACUCCAAUUCCAAUUCCAACUCCAACUCCAACUCCAACUCCAAUUCCAAUUCCAAUUCCAAUCCCAAUCCCAAUCCCAAUCCCAAUCCCAAUCCCAAUUCCAAUUCCAAUUCUAGCUUAAACUCGAUCUCCGACUCGAUCCCCGACUCGAUCCCCGACUCAAUCCCCAACUCGAUCCCCGACUCGAUCCCCGACACGAUCCCGAGCUCCAUUCCCAACCCCAUUCCCAACUCCACUUCUAACUCUAUCCCCGACUCGAUCUCCCAAUCUACCUCCAACUCCAACUCAGAAAUAUCCCUACCUAGAAGAGCAAAAUCGGCAAGUUCACGCGAGCAAACAACAUACAACAUACCCACAAAUGGCUUCGAUACCCCCCCCGACCAGCUCCUGGCAACCCAAGAAGAAUACGAGAAAGUCAAUCCUUUCGGCACCGCACACCCGCAAAUGAUGCAUGCACCGGUCGACGACCCCAUGACGGCAGCCUACGGCGAUAUUCCCCUCGACCCACAAAUAAUGGACGACAUCCAACAGCAUCUCCCACCAUUCCCAGAGCACGAUCACCACCACAACCCUCACCAUCAUCACGUCAACCCGUAUGGUGCUAGCAGCCUGCACAACCCGCACAGCUUAGAGCACGAAUUCGACCAUUCCGCUGCCGCGGUCGUUAUUCAGCACCAAGGCCAUCCCAACGACUACCAAGUCCCUGGAAAUAUAAAUUCCCAGGCCGCUGAGGCGUUGCGUCAGCAGACGAUGCGGUUAGUGAAUACCGGGCGGAUGAGCGAAUCAGACCUGCAUCAAGGAAUUGCCCAACGCGGCUUUUGGGAAUCCGGAUAA